GUCAGAGCCAAGCAUCAUACUAGUAGAGGUUUUGGAGCAGGAAAGUAGGCACAGCUGUGCAGUUGCAAAUCGAACUGGGUUUUGACAAGCAUGAAGCUUCUGCAACGAGCCUCAUGCAGAAGAUCACUUUGCGACUUUGUUGGAGUCCAGGUGCGCGGUGUUGUGAGCAUGACAGGCCACGACAGACCGACUCCUGCCUUCAUCUUCUCCCCGGAGAAUUUCAGACGUCCGGAUUUACCCAACGGUCUGAAAGUCCGGGACAUUGUCCCAGAAAUUGCGAGUGACGAUACCUUGGCUGGACUCGGAAGGUUGGUGCAUGAUCCCGAGGAUUUCACCGUGGCUGGGAAGACCUUCGAGAUCACCAAAUGGCCACAGCUGGGCUGGCGACCUUUGGAUCCUGGAACCGGCGAUGAGGCUGGAACCACGGAAGGGGACUUUGAAGUGCAAUGGCAGGGCGAUUUCUUCUAUGGAAAGAAUCUAGCCAUUGCGACGGAAAACAACGAAUACUUGGAUGGGCUUGGAGCCUUGCCAGAACUGGCGGAGACUGACAAAGAUGCAGACGCUAGUUCUAUACAUUUGUGGAUGAGCGACUACCAUCCCGAUGGUGGACAACUCUUUUGGCCACGUCAGCCGAUUCCAUUCUCUGUAUGUCUCGGACCCGCAUCACGCGGGGAUGACAUUAAACCGGAGGAUAUGCGUGCUUUCCAUGUGCCAGCUGGAAAGGGAGUUUACAUACAUCCUGGUACAUGGCACAAUGGCAUUUACGUGGCUCCCCGCUACACGGCAGGGGCGCCUGCUCGCUUUCUGACCCGGCAGGGCAGAGUCCACGCCAGGAUUUCUGUGAGCUGGGCGAGUGAGUUCCAAACUGUGCUCAGGAUGCCCUUGGCGUGAGCGUUAAGAAAAAGA